GGUCCAUUUUUUAUGGGGAGGGGCGUAAUUAAAUCCCGAUAGUGCAAUAGGGAGCAUACAAACAGUGAUCGUUGUGAGGAAGGAUUUUGUGAGGGGGCGAUGAGCUUCGGUGGCCGUGAGGAUUUUGACGCAGACGCGAGGUUGACGUUGAAUUAGACAGAGCUGGGAGCGUUUGUAUCAAAACAGCAGCGUUCCGUCGCAUACGGUGCUGUGAUACAGCAACUGCUCGCUGGCCAGGCAGGCGGGGAAGGAGGCAGCAACCUUUCCUUUCAAUGGACGGUAGGGAUUUAUUUAAACAGAUUGUUUGGAAUGGCAAAGUGAAAGAGGAAGUUUAGUUAAGAUGAACAAAGUCAAAGGUUCAACUGAAAAAGGGAAUUCACGCAUCCUUGGUCUGCUAGCCCAGUUGGAGAAGCUGACUCUGGAUGGGACAGUGCAUGAUGUGGAGAAUGGGCGUUAUGUUACUUCCAAACUUCUGCAUCUGGCUCAGACUCAAGAAUUCCCUUUCUCAGUCCUACACGUGUCAGAAAGAACGAAGAAAGACAUGACAGCCAAGGGGUCAACUGGGAUGGAAAUAAUAUUAUCAACACUUGAGAACUCUCGUGACCAACAAAUGACAUUGAAUAUUCUCAACAUACUUAAUGAAUUGGUUUCAGUGGGUGGAGGACGCAGGGGUAGCGUCUUGGUAUCCAAAGGAGGGAGUCAGAUUCUGCUUCAAUUGCUAUCUAGUGCCAGUAAAGAUAUACCACCAAAUGAAGAGAUUAUGGUGCAACUACAUUCCAUUCUGGCAAAGAUUGGACCAAAAGACAAAAAGUUUGGAGUCAAAGCCAGGAUUAAUGGAGCCUUGGGCAUUACAUUGAAUUUAGUGAAACAAAACCUGCAGAACUUCAAACUCAUUUUACCUUGUCUGCAACUGUUGCGAGUGUAUUCCAACAAUGCUGUCAAUGCCAUAUCCUUGGGCAAAAAUGGUGUUGUGGAACUUAUGUUCAAGAUUAUUGGUCCUUUCAGUAGGAAGAAUACAAGUCUUGUAAAGGUCUCAUUAGACACACUGGCGGCAUUGCUAAGAUCGAAAACCAAUGCCAGGAGGUCAGUGGAUAGGGGAUACUUUCCUGUUCUUCUUACAAUUUAUAUCGACUGGCACAGACAUGACACAAGGCAUCGGCAUAUGCUGAUCCGCAAAGGAAUUUUAACCUGCAUCAAAAAUAUAACAAGUAUUAAGUUGGGAAGGAAAGCAUUUGUUGAUGCUGAAGGAAUGAAAGUCUUGUAUAAUACUUCUCAAGAUUGUCUUUCAGUGAGAACCCUAGACCCUCUGGUCAAUAUCUCCAGCCUCAUUAUGAGAAAAUGUUUCCCUAAAAAUCGCCUUCCCAUUCCAACUAUUAAAAGUGUUUACCUGUUCCAGUUGCCAGUAAUUCCAAUAAGUGGUCCUGUAGCACAGAUCUAUAACUUAGCUCCUGAAGUUGAUGACGUUGUAGAUGAAAGUGAUGAUACCGAUGAUACAGAAGUUGAAACUGACAAUGACAAUGAAAAUGAAGAAGAAGAAAAUGAAAACAAGAAGAAUGAUGAUAUUGAAACUGACCUUAGCAAGUUAAAACCAGUGCAAGAUUUGGGGCGGCCAGUAGAAGAAUUGGAGAUGUACAAGCAGUUUUUCCCAGAGCUCACAGAAGACUUCCAGGCGUAUAAUUUUACUGAAAGUGGCAACACAAGUCCAUCAAGAUCUGAUGUUCAGCGGACGGGACCCAUUAUUGUGCCCACAGCAGAAGAGCUGUCUUCAAAAAGUAAUACGAUAAGAGCAAGUGUUAAAGACAAUAAUAUUCCACAAAGCCAGCAGAUUCUACCGAAUGUUUAUCAAGGAGCUGGACAGGACCAUAAACAAGUAACACACAUGGAUCUGCAGAAUACAGAGAAGAGCAAAAACAAUGUUAACUAUCAGUAUUCCAAACAAAAUGGACAUACACCGACACAGUGCCUGAACAAUGAAAUCACAAAAGGUUUAGGCAGUAUGUCCCUACACUGUAAUAAUGCCUCCGAAGAUGUUAAAUGUUGGAAACCUGGGUGUGAGAGUGGAGUUGAGAAUAAGCCCAGAUUUUUGACAUUAGGAGAAACAUGCAGCAAAACGUGUCAGCAGAUCUCUGGCUGUGGAAAGUCUUUAUUUGUUUCAUCAUUUGGUCAGCCUCCAUCUUGGCAACAGGUUGGUACCCAGCUAGGUCAAUUGUGCUGUACUGGCAUUGACACUGAUGCCGAGGAUGAGUCCUCUUUAAGUUCUGAAGAACCAGGAUUUUCAGACUUACCGGAGCCAGGUGUCUUGCAACCACUUCAUGACCCUGACCUUUAUGUUGAAAUUGUUAAAACGACUAAAUCUGUUCCCGAAUAUGGUGAAGUGGCUUAUCCUGAUUAUUUUGGCCAUAUUCCACCUCCAUUCAAGGAACCUCUCAUAGAAAGAACCUACGGUGUUCAAAGAACAAAAAUAUUCCAAGAUAUUGAGAGACUAAUUCAUGCAAAUGACAUUAUUGACAAAACUAUAUAUGAUCUUGAUUGUCUCAGCUAUCCUGUAUCCGAAGAUGGAGAAACGUUGAGGUUCAAUUCGCAGUUUGAAUCUGGAAAUCUUCGAAAAGCAAUUCAAAUUAGAAAGCUUGAAUACGAUCUGAUUCUUAAUUCUGAUAUAAACAGCAAUCAUCAUCACCAAUGGUUUUACUUUGAAGUGAGUGGAAUGAGGAAUGCUAUUCCUUAUCGAUUCAAUAUUAUCAACUGUGAAAAGUCUAAUAGUCAAUUUAAUUAUGGUAUGCAUCCCAUAAUGUAUUCCGUACAAGAAGCUAUGCUUGGAAGACCACGGUGGGUUCGAACUGGAACAGAUAUCUGUUAUUACAAGAAUCAUUUUUCCAGAAGUUCAAUUGCAGCUGGGGGUCUGAAAGGAAAAUCAUAUUACACUCUGACAUUUACAAUGACUUUUACUCAUAAGGAUGAUGUGUGUUAUUUUGCUUAUCACUAUCCAUAUACAUACUCUACCUUGCAGAUGCAUAUACAAAAAUUGGAGGCACUACAUGAUCCUCAGCAGAUUUAUUUUCGAAGGGAUUCAAUUUGUGAGACAUUGGGAGGGAACCCUUGCCCUGUACUGACCAUUACAUCCAUGCCCGAGUCCAAGUCCUGGGAGAACCUACACCAGUUCAGAAAUCGGCCUUACAUAUUCUUAACAUCUCGUGUCCAUCCUGGAGAGAGCAACUCCAGCUGGGUGAUGAAAGGAACUUUGGAAUUUUUAAUGAGCAAUAUUUUGACAGCUCAAAGCUUGCGGGACUCGUAUAUUUUUAAAAUAGUCCCGAUGCUGAACCCAGAUGGAGUCAUUAAUGGAAGCCAUCGCUGCUCACUAAGUGGAGAAGAUCUCAACCGUCAAUGGUUAACCCCUCACCCUGAACUUCAUCCAACGAUUUACCAUACCAAGGGCUUGCUGCAGUACCUUGCCAGUAUACAACGUACCCCCCUGGUUUUUUGUGACUAUCAUGGUCAUUCGCGCAAGAAAAAUGUCUUCAUGUAUGGCUGCAGCAUUAAGGAGACAAUGUGGCAAACUGAUGUUAGUGCUUCUUCUUGUGACCUUCAGGAAGACCUUGGAUAUAGGACUCUGCCAAAGGUGUUGAACCAAAUUGCACCGGCAUUCUGCAUGAGCAGCUGCAGUUUUGUGGUGGAGAAGUCCAAGGAAUCCACAGCGCGGGUUGUUGUGUGGCGUGAAGUUGGUGUGGCGAGGAGCUAUACAAUGGAAAGCACAUACUGUGGCUGCGAUCAGGGAAAAUACAAGGGACAACAAAUAGGGACAAGACAGUUAGAAGAGAUGGGGGCUAAAUUCUGCAUUAGUCUUCUGCGUCUGAAGAGGAUGACGUCGGUGGAAUGUCGGCUGCCUCCCAGCCUCCUGGACGUCGAAAACGAUUUAAUUGACACUAGAUGCAACUUAACCAGUCCGACCACACAUGUCCUAGAUGAGGAUGAACCGCGUUGCCUUGAAGAGGUGGAUUACAGUGCUGAGAGCAGUGACGAGCAGGACAUUGAUCUGAAUGAAACAGCAGACUUUGACCCCCAAUACUUUGACGCAAGUACACAGGAGGAGCAACUUUCUGAUUCUGACAUCCCAAAGAGAGACUGCUUUCUUUAAGUUAUAAUUCACCACAAAGGCUGAGAAAAAAAAUAUUAUAGUCAAUCAAAGAAAACAAAUCAGGGUUAAAAUGGUCUGCCUUGAGUAAGAGUGAUAGCUACUCAGGCACAUUGGCUAAAUUAAUAAUAAAUAUACUGCUGGUAAUAUAGAAACAUUGAAUUGUGUGUUAUUUAACGUUAACUUCAGGUGCAUUUGUAUUAGCGAGGAGAUGUUCUCCACUGCUUUUACUUCUGAAGGAGAAAGCUGCAUGGCUAAAAGUUUGCUCCCACUUAGUUUGAAUGCAGUUUUUUUUUUUUUUUUCCCAUCCCUUCAUUGUGUUUAUCUGUAUGCACAAUCUGUUGUAAGGUAUGUACCGGUAAUAAUUUGAGUACUCUUAAUAUGUUGUGGUGAGGUUGGAUUUAAUUUGUCUGCUGCGACUUCAAAAGAUGUCUGUAUUUAUUUCCCUUCUUUAUUGUAUCAGAAAUGAUUCCAUAAUUGCUUGAAAGAAAGUGUGCUGCUUCAGCUACAAUGUUGAGUGUGAUACUGUUAUUGUUACAUUGAGCUGAAUUGUGUCGAACUUGCUGAAAAAAUAUGUUGCACUUUGAUGUGGAUUAUAUAAAAAGUAAUAGCUAUAUCUUUAUAUCCUUAAUAUCCUUAAAUAGUACAUAAUCCAUAUUAUCAACAAUGUUGACUUGCAGCCUCUAUGUACAGUGUAUGGUUAGUGGCUUCUCAUGAAUAAUGAAACAAUGUAAUUUUGAUUUUCAGAUAUAAAUUAAAAGUUUUGUAUUGUGAUAGUGAA